CGGCUGUAAAGCGCGGAGCCGGGGCGUUGGAAGGCGCCGGGCGCGGGGCCCGGUUCCGCGGCGGCGGGCGCCGGGAGUGUUCGCGCCGCUCGCGGAUCUGGUUGCCUUCGUGUCAGUGGUGGAAGCGAGGGAUUGUGUUGGGAGAGCUCCAGGUCGUGUGUGUUUCUGUCAAGGACGUAGCUAGUCCUUCCCCGGAACGGGAGAGCGGCGCGGUCCUAGCGCCGGCUCGAUCCCCGGGGCUGUCCCGCGGCCGAGGCUGGGGCCGCCGCUGAGCCUGACCUCGCCCCGCGGAGCCGCGCGGGGGCCGCUGAUGGCCGAACGCUUCCUGGGCAAGACUUUGGCCGCAGCGUCUCUCUCUGUGGCCUUGGCCUCUGUGGCGGUCAGGCCCUCGGGCUGUGGCAGCGCUCCGGCGUGCAGAAACACAUUUUCAUUCUGUGGGUUUCAUCUUAACUCGAACAUCAUGUCUAACUCUAAUGGUGCCAAACAGAAUUCCCACAACAAGGCUCGGACAUCUCCUUAUCCAGGUUCAAAAGUCCAACGCAGCCAGGUUCCUAAUGAGAAAGUAGGCUGGUUUGUUGAAUGGCAAGACUAUAAUCCUGUGGAAUACACUGCAGUCUCUGUCUUGGCAGGACCUAGGUGGGCAGAUCCUCAGAUCAGUGAAAGUAACUUCUCUCCCAAGUUCAAUGAAAAGGAUGGGCAUGUUCAGAGAAAGAGCCAGAAUGGUUUGUAUGAGAUUGAAAAUGGGAGACCCAGAAAUCCUGCAGGACGGACAGGACUGGUUGGUCGGGGGCUUUUGGGGCGAUGGGGCCCAAAUCAUGCUGCAGAUCCCAUCAUAACCAGGUGGAAAAGGGAUAGAAGUGGAAAUAAAAUCCCCCAUCCCAUUUCUGGGAAAAACAUCUUGCAGUUUGUGGCAAUAAAAAGGAAAGACUGUGGAGAAUGGGCAAUCCCAGGGGGGAUGGUGGAUCCAGGAGAGAAGAUUAGUGCUACACUUAAAAGAGAAUUUGGUGAGGAAGCUCUCAACUCCUUACAAAAAUCUGGUGCGGAAAAGAGAGAAUUGGAGGAACAGUUGCACAAACUCUUCAGCCAGGAACACCUAGUGAUAUAUAAGGGAUAUGUUGAUGAUCCUCGAAAUACUGAUAAUGCAUGGAUGGAGACAGAAGCUGUGAACUACCAUGAUGAAACAGGUGAGAUAAUGGAUAACCUUACCCUGGAGGCUGGAGAUGAUGCUGGAAAGGUUAAAUGGGUGGACAUCAGUGAUCAACUCCAGCUUUAUGCCAGUCACUCUCAAUUCAUCAAACUCGUGGCUGAGAAGCGAGAUGCACACUGGAGUGAGGACUCUGAAACUGAGUGCAGUGGGUUGUAGCCCCCAUCAUUGUGGGAACCACAGGCCAGCAAAGGGGUGCGUGCUGAAAGAAGGCAUCACAGAGCUCAUACUACAAGGGGGCAGGGUUGGUCACUUGGAAGUUAGUUUAUUCACUUUCAAAGCUAUUUGCAUUUAGGUUUACAUCAGCAUAAAAUUAGUAAAUACGGUGAAAUGCAACAUGGAAUUUUCCGCUUUUCAAUCAAAAGAAAUAUAAACAAUCAUAUUUUGUAUGUAUUCUAUUUAAGCAUGGCUUAAACCACGUCUUAACCAAAAGUCUUUGAAGAAUCAUAAUCUGAAUAAAAAUAAAUUUAUGUUGGCCAUCACUUCUGUUUUUCAUCUAGUUCUUAUUUGUCAGUUCUUUUUUUUUUCUUUUUUUUUUUUUUUUAACCCCCUAUUGAUCUUCUGGGGUUUGAAGGAUAUUCCUGCCAUAUCAGACUCCUUUAGGAGAAGCACCACCAUUGUGUAUUCUAAUUUAUCUGUAAAUUAUUUGAUUCUUAUUUUGCUUUAUGUGAUUUUGCUGAAGCUGAUUUCAAAAUGGAAACCUUAGAUAUUCUUGACUUUAGAGUCCAGUGUUCUGAGGAAAUUUCAGUAACUAUUUUAGUCAAUAAAGAUCAAGAUCAAUGAA